AAGCUGUCUCUAAACAAAAAACUAAUUUUAAAGGAUACAGAACAAGAUCUCGUUCUAGCGCCUAUGUACCACUGGUCUUUAUUUCUACGGCCUAAGCUAGAGAACCUUCUGAAGAAGAAGCUCCCGCCAAGUAAGCGUGUUACAUGCGAUGACACGGAUGUUAUUGUAUCAGUGACGGGGCGCUCAGAGCGCGACCUAACAAAGCGGUUCAAUGGGACUGAGAUUGAUUGGCUAGUUGUAGAAAAACAGCUU